UGUGCGUGAAGGUGGGAGGCGUUAAAGAGAGAGCGGGUAAGCGAGCCAAGUUUCCUGCGCUCACAGUAGCCGGCUGCCUUCCUUCCACCAUGGCACGUUUGCAUACAUGUACGGCCUGUGUGCAUGUCUCCGCACAGAGUGACCUGUGAACCUCAACGCACGAGUCGCCAUGGCCGAAUUUGGGCAGAUCGAGCGCGUCGGUCCACCGGUUGCUGCUUCUGUUUCUGCUGCUGCUGGUGCUGCAGCGCCAGGUGGAGCCGCAGGGAGCCCCGAGACGCAACGCGGAGAAGAGCCGGUGUCUAACGGCAACUGCAACCCGACAGACCCGGCGGGGAGGCUCCAUAGGGGGUCCUGCUGUGAGUCCCCGACGUGGGAGGGCUUGGAUUCAGCCACUAAAGCAAUACCUCGACGCAGCAGUCUCAUUAAGGAUGGCUCCCGGGCGGGUCGAGAGAGGAAGAAGACCGUGUCCUUUAGCAGCAGCCUAUCAGAGAAGAAGAUCAGUAGUGCGGCCGACUGUAUUCACUCAAUGGUGGAGGGGAGCGAGUUGAAGAAAGUGCGUCCCAACUCUCGCGUGUACCAACGUUACUACCUUCUUGACGCAGGCCUGCAGGCUCUGUGCUGGGAGCCUUCCAAGAAAGAUUCGGACAAAGCCAGGAUUCCACUCGCCUCCAUCCGAGAGGUGCGAACGGGUCGUAACACAGAAAUCUUCCGUACGAGUGGUGUCUAUGAGCAGAUUUCAGAGGACUGCGCAUUUUCCAUCAUCUAUGGCGAGCUGUACGAGAGCCUGGACCUUGUGGCCCACUCAACAGAAGUGGCUAAUAUUUGGAUGACAGGCCUCAGGUAUCUGAUACAAUAUGGGAAAAAUGCCCUGGACAUGCUUGCCAGGAGACAGCACAGACUUCGUCUUGGCUGGUUAGAGCAGCUUUUCUCCUCUGCUGCUGAUUCGGAAAUUCACAGGGACAUUGAGCAAGGUAUUUGCUUGCAGUCCGCCAUCAAACUGAUACAAACGGUGAAUCCAGGGGUGAGCAGUGUAAAGGUGGAGCAGAGGUUUAAAGAGCUUCAGAGGGGUCGAGAUGAGCGUCUUUCUCUUAAUAAUGGAUCAGGAGCUAAAGACCAUACCAAAGUCAAACCAACACUGGGGGCGAGAAACGAGAGGGUUACGCAGCAGGAGUUCAUUGAGGUCUUUCAUGACUUUUGCACCCGUCCGGAGAUUUACUUUCUCUUGGUGCAGUUUUCCAGCAACAAGGAAUUCCUGGACACUAAAGACUUGAUGAGGUUCCUCGAGGCUGAGCAAGGUGUUGCUGAGGUGACAGAGGAAGACAGCCUAAGCCUCAUCCAGUCCCAUGAGCCAUCAGAAGAGGGCCGGCAGCAGGGCUACCUGUCGAUGGACGGCUUCAGUAGCUACCUGAUUUCGCCAGAGUGCCACCUCUUUGAUCGGGAGCACGACAUCGUGUGUCAGGACAUGUCCCAGCCUUUGUCUCACUACUUCAUCAACUCCUCUCACAACACCUACCUCAUUGAGGACCAAUAUAAAGGACCCUCUGACAUUUCCGGCUACAUACGGGCGCUCAAGAUGGGCUGUCGAUGUGUAGAGGUGGACGUAUGGGACGGUACUGAUGAGGAGCCAGUGGUGUGUACCGGACACACACUUUGCCCCCCUCUUGCUCUGCGCAACGUUUUAGAAGCAAUUGGACAGUUUGCUUUUGUUGCGUCAGAGUAUCCGUUAAUUGUGUGCAUCGAGAACCACUGCUCGCUUCGACAGCAGAAAGUGAUGAUGCAGCAUCUGGUGAAAAUACUCGGGGAUCAGCUCUUUACACACUCCCCAGACAUAAGGGAGUCAUACCUUCCCUCGCCACAAGCCUUAAGGCAUCGGAUCCUGCUGAAGGGGAUGAAGCUGAGGACGGGUUGGGAAGGGGAGGAUGGUGAAGUAAGUGAGGAGGAUGAAGGGGCUGAGAUGUGUCCAAAGAUGAAGGCAGCGGCAAAUGGGGGGGCAGCACCUGGAGAGAGUGAGAAAGAAAAACAGCAGAGAAGCAUACAUUCAACAUCCGCCACGCAGUGUAUCCCCCCUCAUCUUCCUCACAAACGGUUCCUUCUGCUGAAGGAGCUUUCAGACUUGGUGACUCUUUGUGAGUCAGUCCACUUCAUUGACUUCCCGACAUCAGCCAAAAGACAAAAACCUUGGCAAUUGUGCUCCUUUCAUGAGACCCAGGCCGGGCGUCUCGCUGGCGAGAGCCCCGGCGACUUCGUCAACCAUAACAAACGCUUCCUGUCACGAGUAUACCCGAGCCCCAUGCGCAUUGAUUCCGGCAAUGUGAACCCUCAGGACCUGUGGAAAUGCGGUUGCCAAAUUGUGUCAAUGAACUUCCAGACAGCUGGACUGAUGAUGGACUUAAACGCAGCCUGGUUCCGGCAAAAUGGAAACUGUGGUUACGUUUUGCGGCCAGCCAUCAUGCGCCAGGAGGUGUCUUAUUUCAGUGCAGAUACCAGAGACACUGUGCCCGGGGUGUUGCCUCAGCUGCUCCAUGUGAAGGUCAUCAGCGGACAGAACCUUCCCAAGCCGAGGGGUUCCGUGGCCAAAGGGGAUGUGGUGGACCCUUAUGUAUAUGUGGAGAUCCACGGCAUCCCAGCUGACUGCACAGAGCGUCGCACCAGGACCGUCUCCCAGAACAGCGACAACCCAAUCUUUGACGAAAGCUUCGAGUUCCAAAUCAACCUGCCAGAACUUGCCAUGGUUCGCUUUGUGGUGCUGGAUGACGACUUCAUAGGAGAUGAGUUCAUAGGUCAGUACACCAUCCCGCUGGAGUGUCUCCAACCUGGCUACCGUCACGUCCCGCUUCAGUCACUGACCGGGGAGGAUCUUCGUCACUCCAAGCUCUUCGUCCAUGUGGCCCUCACCAAUCGUAGAGGAGGGGGGAAGCCUCACAAAAGGGGCCUCUCUGUGCGAAAAGCCCGGAGGAGACGGGACUACACAGCUCUGAGGGACUUGGAAAUGCGGUCUGUUGACGAGGUUUUCAAAAUGGCUGGUCCUCUGUUGAAAGAGGCCACGGACUUGAGGGAAAACAUGCAGAAUUCUGUGGCUAUGUUCAGAGACCUAUGUGGGGUGUCGGCUGUAUCUAACCUCAUGCAGUGCAUACUCGCGCUGGGCUCCAGGGUGAGAGGACCUGAUGAGAUGCCUUUACUACUGUUUGACCUCCAGACACACUACCCCACCUUGGAGCCUCAGGGACCCCUGCCUGAUGUCCUUCGUCGUGUUGUCUCCACAUAUGAUAUGAUGGUCCAGGCCAGCAAAGCUGUGUUCGAGCUCGCCGACGGAAUCUAUGAAAGGAUUCUGCAUAUCCAGACGACAGCCAUGACGUUCCACGAGGAUCUGCAGAGCCUGGCGGCGAAGGAGGGGUUGAAAGGUCGAAAGGUGGGUCGAGCCGUGGAGAGCUUCACCUGGAACAUCACCAUCCUUAAGGGUCAAGCUGAUCUGCUCACGCACGCCAAGGCUGAAGUUCAGGAGAACAUGAAGCAGGUGCGCGACGCCGUCCUCACAGGCAACCUCGCUCGGGAGGGUCAAAGAGUUACGAGAGGUCGCUCGCAGUCACGGAGAAGUCAGCACGACAACCCCGCCAUGAGUGUGUGACGACCGAUUACAACGAUGUGACUCGACUUGACCCAAUUGCUCUCACUGGUCUUGUCUGUCGACUAGACGAUACUACACGCUCGCCAUCAAGGGCCAAGGAAUAACCCGUUUCAUGUUUGGUAUUGUGCAACAUUCAGGGCUUCUUUCUCAGAAGAAGUCUGUACAUCAUGUUUGCAGGUCAAGGUUGGGCUGGACUCGGGGUGGGCAAAAUAUGGUCCAUUCUAUAUCUAUUAUUAUCAAGAGUACUAUAAUAUUAAUGUUGCAGUAAUUUGUCCCCCCCUUAAAUUAGUGAAUUAAAAUAAAUGUAUUCAUUUUCUUUGUAUUUAUCUCAUUAAAUAUAGGUUCAUUGAUUUACUGUAACUAACCCAAUUAAACAUAAUGGUCAACUAAAAAAAACAUACAGUGGUGUCUUGAGAAUUAAAAUUUCCAAUGUGAACAGUCGUAACAAAUCAUCUUUCCCCAUUGAAAUCAAUGGAAAUGCCAUUAAUCUGUUCCUGCCUCCCCAAAAAAUAAAUAAAUAAAUAAUUCUUAUAUUUUUUUUAAACAAGAAAAAUAGUACUGCAUAAUAUCGGACUUUAAAAAACAACAUACUGUAACGACAUGAUUAAAUAGAAUGUAAGUAGUUACACCGUUUUUGCCAGAUAUUUUUGCUUCAUUCAGUGGACAUUGUGCUGCUUCUGGUGUGCCUACCACGGCCACCUGUGGGCAGUAUAAUACAGACACAGAUAUACAUAGAGACGGUCACAGCUUCUCAGUAUGCUGCAGUAAUAUUAAUCGUUCUUCACAGAGGAUGAAAAAUAUAUCCCUGUGCGUACUGUUGUAUAAUGUCUAUACGUUUGGCUUGACUGUUUGUGCUCAAAUAUCCAUUGCUUACAGGGUUAUAACACCGCAACACCAAUGCUAAUCCGGUACCUGAGUAUGGUGUUUUGCAUUGUUUGAUAGCAUUAAGCUAAAUGAUCUUUCCUGAGGCAAAGCUAUGUGGUUGUUUUAAAAAUGCAGCGUGUAAUCCUCUUUGUUUGAUGUUUAGAUUUUCUUUUGAUGUUUUAGGGGCGGCAAUACACAGCUUGAAGCCUCUUUGUCCAGCUGCUGCUUGUUGUGAAGUGAGUUGAGUUCACUCACCGUACAGUGCUGGUAUAUCAAACCUUUGCUCGUAGGUCAAAGCAAAAAAAGAUUAUAAAAAAAUCGACAGCUCGUAUCUUGAAAAACUCGAAAUGUCAGGUCACUUAUCACAAGGCACCACUGUAUAUUUACUGAACAGCUAACAAUCCAAUUAUUUGGUUAAGUAUAGUUAAAUUAUAAAUGAUAAAAUACAAAUGUAGUAUCCAUUUUAUUAUUAAGAUUAACAAUUGUACAUAUUCAACAUUUUUCAAAUAUUAUACAUCUGCUUGUUUAAAAAAUCAAACGUGGCCCUGUUCGCACAAAACUUUGCCCACCCCUUAGUUCCCUGAAUCUAAAUUCCUCAUCCGUAUGCCAAGACAAUUCUAUGCUUUCAACUUUGUGGGAACAGUUUUUGGGGAGAGCUGUUCCCUAGUGCACAAAGAGGUAGAUUACAGUCCCUAUCAAGAACUUGACCCCGAUCGUUUUACUGUAUAUCAAUGAAGCCAUUCAUAUUUUCCCCCCUCAGAUUUCAAUGACCCAAAACAUUUGUCUAUAUGGUGACAUUUAAUCAUGUUUCUCCCUCCAGAAAAGCGUGUGGCUUACUUCUCUUCAUCCAGCCUCCAUGAAACCCGCAAAAUAUUGUUGUCUUGUUACGUCAACCCGUCACUGCAUUGCAUUGUGUGUACGUCUGUUUUCUGUGUACUGCUUCAUUUGCUUGCAAAAUAUUGUACAGUAUUUUAAUAAGAUGUUCUUUUUGCUGUAAAAUAAUAUUUUAAAUAAAGUGGAAACAUUCCAGGUC